UUUCAAUUCAAUGGUCGGGUUUAUUUAUAAAGAAAGUCUUAUGGGGUUUCUCUUCCGGUUUAUUGGGUUUCUGAAGAAAGUUUAGGGUUUAUAAGUCCAAUUUCUGAAUAUUCUGUUGUUUUCAAUUUGUCUGAUAUCUGAUAUCCCCGAAGACAUGGCCAAAAAUAGAAACAAGAAGAAGCGAAGCGGCGUUUCUUCAAUGGACGUCAACGAAGGAACUGUUCCUGAUCUUCCUCAAGCAAUGGACACUUCAGAGACUGAAGUUCAAAAGCCUGAUUCUGCUACUGCAAAAUUAAAGACGAAGAAGGGACGACCGAUGAAGAGAUCGAAAAAUGUUCGGAAGAUGAAGGCCGUGGAAAAAGCUAUCGCUAAGAACGAGAAGUACGCCGAGAAAAGCUCCAAGACCGAAAGCAAGAAAUCAAGAACUCAAUCAGCUAAACUUCUAUAUGACUGAGUGUGUUUAAAGAAUUUUAUUUGCCAAAUGAACUUGAAUUUGCUGUCAUUUAUAAUUUAGCUGCGCUUAGGUUCAUGUAUAAUAGUUACAAAUUUUGCAAUUACAACUGCUUGCACUGUCAUUUAUAGCUUAAAAGUAUUUGUUGAGGAUUGGGGUAUUCCAUUGCAAUAGAAGAAUGUUUUGGAACA